UGUAAACGGGUCAUUGUUGGCCUUUAAGUAUUUGAAUCAACAAAUUCGUAACUGCUUGUAAUCAUUGAGCUUUGUCCCAUAAUACGAAGAUGUUGAAAAAACUAUCCUCAACUGAUUUUUGUAAGCGUACCGGUUAAAACCGGUUAACAACUUUGAUUCAAUUUAACCAUCCUCUUCCUAUCCAAUUCAUCACUCAGUAUUCUUCCCGAGAGUUUCAAAACAAGCCAAUGGCGACGAGAGCUUUGCUUGCCGUCAUAUCAGCUUCACCACCACGCAUUAUCAGAAUCAAAGCCUCAACCUUUCCAUCUUCUUCUUCUUCAAGUCUCCAAUUCCAAAGACACAGUAGAAUAGCUCGAUGCUUCUCGUCUGACUCGAACUCCUCUGUUCUUCAGCCGCCGGACGUAUCCCGUCUAGCUGAGACAGCGAGAAUCUCUCUUACUCCUUCCGAGAUUGAGGAAUGUGGAGCUAAGAUUCGUCAAGUUAUUGACUGGUUUGGUCAGCUUCAACAAGUUGAUGUUAACAGCGUGGAACCAGCGAUUAGAGCAGAAAUGGAAGGUGGAAAUUUGCGAGAGGAUGCUCCAGAAACAUUUGAAAACAGGGAAAGUAUAAGAGCUUCGAUUCCAAGCUUUGAUGAGGUGUAUUUAAAAGUACCUAAAGUACUAAACAAAGAGUGACUCUAUCAGCUUCUUUAGGUUGCGUGGCUGAAGAGAUUCCUUUCAGUUCCGGUUCUUCUUCCAGUCAUCUGUGUUUUUUUUUAAAUUGGUCGAAAUGUUCAAGUGUCAAGUCUCACAUAGGCUGUAUUCUACAACUUUCCAGUCUCACGUGGGCUAUUAUUCUAUAACUUUCAAGUCCCACGUAGGCUACAACUCUACUCCUAUGUUUUUAGCUGUUUCUGCUGCAAAAACAAAAACAUCCAAAGUUUUAGAAUUUGCAGUGAGAACAAGUAUAACACACAAAUCUUAUAUACAUGAACUUUAGUUUCUAC